CAGCAUCAUCCAAAUAUUAGCUUGCUGAGUAGCUUUUAGCUAGCUAAAGUCUCCACAAACUAAUCUAAGCUAAUCUAUGAGUCGCAAAAGAAACUACAGUUUCGCUGAAACGAGCGUGUCUCCUGAACUCCACGGCGCCUUCAUGGAGCCUCCCGGGUCAGUAAGCCGGGCCGACGGCGAUUUCCUGGAGCUGGAGCCCGACGAGGAACUGCUCUGCUCGGUCAGCGACAUCACCGAGCACCUCGGCAGAAACAUCACCGUGGUACUGGAGACAGCGCUGUCUGAGAUCCGCAAAAUGGUUAGCAUAAGGAUACGAGUACUGAAAAUGGAGCUACGCGAGAAAACCGAAGAGAUAGAAGUGUUAAAGGCGAGACUGGACACAGUCCAGAGGGAUGGCAGAGACUCUUUCCCCGGCGUUACGACCACGGAACCAUCGACAGAGGCGGGCUACAAGAAACCUGACUUCAGCUCCGGUACCAAGCACAACAACGCCGACCCCAGGAGAGCCAAAGCUGUCAUGCCCGGUGUGAAGAAGGAGAACAUAGAUGCUAUUUGUGACUAUCUGAUGAAAGACAAGAACUCGAGAGGUUGUGCUGAAAUGGACGAAGACCAGAGCAGUCAAGCCAGCAGUGAGAGGGAGGCUCGCCAAGAACAGGACCCUCACUCUCUCAACCUGUGGCCUGACAGCGGGAUGGCUGGCUCCGGGUCUGGGCACGGAGACUCCGAGUCCACCACAGAUGACAUCUUCUCUAUGCUCCCGUCUGGCAGCAAACGGAUGUACGACUACGAAUGGAUAGCACCGAUCGAGUAUUCCUCAGACCUGAAAGUCAUGAAGGAGCCCGAGUGUGAGAACACCCUGACCGGUGAGACGGAUAAUGAUGACGAAGACGAGCUUUCGAGGAGGGAGGUGGGCGGGCUUGACCAGGCCCACGUCGCGCUCUCGCACGUGCAGCCCCCUGACUUCUCCAUGGAGCCCCAGAGUUCUUCAGGGGAGGGAGGGAGUCCCCUGGAGGGCAACACGGACAGGCCCGAGGCAGGUCAGCAGUUCCCUAGUCACACCUACAUCUGCUCUCUGUGUGGAACUUUCUGUCCUGACUCUGUGUUCCUGGAGGAACAUAUUAAACUGAUACACUCAGACUCUGCCGGUGCCCAGACUCUCCAGGCCCUGCAGUCCACCUCCUCCGCUGCACCCGCCGUCGGGGACGGCAGCGGCGGCGACUCCAGGAGGGGUGAAGGAGUGCAGAGCGAGGACGGCACGAGACCAGGGGCUGGCAUUGGCAUCAGUCGGGGAGGGGGCCUUGUGAAAAAGGAGAUUAAAAUUGAAGGGGGGUACGAGUGUGGGGACUGUGGCCGCCAUUUUAACUACCUCGGCAACCUGCGGCAGCACCAGCGUAUUCAUACCGGGGAGAAGCCCUUCAUGUGUCCAGAGUGCGGGGAGAGGUUCCGCCAUGCAGCCCGGUUAAAGAGCCACAGGCUGGUGCACAGCGGAGCGCAGAGCCCCUUCCCCUGCCCCCAGUGCGGAAAAGGGUUCUCAGUGCUCUCUGGACUCAAGAGACACCAACGGGUGCACACUGGCGAGAGCCCGUACGCCUGUCCUCAGUGUGGCCGGCGCUUUAAGGAGCUCGGGAACCUGUACACCCACCAGAGGAUCCACAGCGGGGCCACGCCUUACUGCUGCCAGCAGUGUGGACGCAGCUUCCGCCACCUGGGAACCUACAAGAGCCACCGCUGUACCCCGGCACAGUAACCAGCCUGGCUGCUAACGCUCCGUUCAGCUCACUGACAACUGAUACCAUGAAAUUUAAAGGACAUGGUGCUGACUCUGAGGUGUGUGUGUGUGUGUAUGUGUGUGUUUGUGUGUGUGUGUCUUCUUUGUGUGGCUGUCUGAUUUCACCGUGGGAGGUGCUGGUCAUGCGGAGAACACGGCUGUUCCACUUACUUGUUUUGUUACAGAGCUUUCAGUGAUAUCACUUAGCCUUCAUCAGCAGAUGGAGUUUGUGCAGUUGUUGUCAAAAGCUGAGCUUGAAAAUCAAGUUGCGGUCUUGUUCCAUCUGCUGAUGAAGCCUGUGAGAACAUGGCUGAAAGCUCCAGAACAAGCUAGUUAACUUGAGCCGAGACAGUGUCGUCAAUAAGCCGUAUCUAAUCCGAGCAUUCAGGCUGUAAAGAGGUGGUUUUAGUCAAAGUCUUCAUGAGGAGAGGUGGAUCCAGGUCUGUGACUCCCUUUUUUUUUUUGGGAUAUCAAGACUGUAACAGUGGUUUUGCAUAUUUCUGUUUGCAUAUCUUUGUCCAUCGCUUCUAUCUGUUACCAUAACUUUGUUCUCGCCAAGGGUUGUUGCUGAGAUCUCAUGACAUCAUUUACAAUAACGUCCAACAUGGCAAACACACAAACAAACAGUCAGGAAACAAACUAACAGUUAAAUAGGAAGUAAUUAGGAAGUAGACUUCUUCUUCUUCUUCUUCUUUUCUCUGCGAGUUGGUGUUUGUAUCCAGCCAAAUAAAAGGCAGGAGCAGAUAUUUCAUUUUUAGUCAUUUAUAACUUGAAAAAUGAUACUUAGAUUCAAUUUGGGAACCAAAGAUUUGGAUUUGAUACAUAUAUAUCGCUGUCACAACCCAACCGUCGCCCUGACACGCUGCUAAUAUAAUCCCUUAUUUCCCAGGAGAACUGUUAUUCUUAGCAGAAUAAAUGACCACGAUGCUCCUAGAUCUCAGAAAUGAUACUGGUGAGCUCAGUGUUAUAAUAACUGAUAGAACCAAUGCACUU